GAUUGUUUUUGUGAUAAAACUGCAUUAAAACUACACAAUUAAAAGGUGUUACAACCUAAAGUAUCCAUUUUUAAGUUAUAUGGCAAUAUUCUUGUGAUACCAAAACGCUCUACCCUUACAACAAGUGUGUAGUAUUGGCCGGUUUUUGUGCCCUGUACUUCUGCCUACAAAUUUUGCCGCGAAAUGUCUUCCCCGGUUGAGAUAUCCGAUGAUGACGAUUGUUUUGAAGCCCCAGUACCUUCCAAGAGGAUAACAAGGUCAGCUGCUGCGAGUAACAAGCCAGCCGUUGUGGAAGCAUCAAGUGAAAUCGAUUCAGAUAACACAAUAGAUUACAGUGACACAAACUUGACCUCAGACGAUGAUUCAGAGCUUCCCGAGGUUACAUUAACUUCAAAAAAGAACGCUGUGAUCAAAAAUCUUUUCCCUAAAAGUGCUAAACCAGGAAUGUCCUCAGGAUCCAGCACAAAAAUGCCCGUGUGCCUCAAACCCAGCACAAAAAUGCCAGUGUGUCUCAAACCCAAAGUACCAGGGUUUGAGAGGAUAAUUGGUGGUGUCACUGUUAAUUUACCGGUGGAGCCUUAUGGCUGUCAAAUAGCGCUGAUGUUCAAGGUGAUAACGGCAAUCAACAAAGGACAAAACUGCUUGUUGGAGAGCCCCACGGGCUCCGGGAAGACACUGGCCCUGCUCUGUGCCGCCUUAGCAUGGCAGCAGCAUAUGCGAAAUCGUACCGCCACAGAUCUCGCGCAGAAGUUCCAAGAGUCGCAUCCCCAGUUACGAGGGAAGGAGAACGUAGUCGAACAGAUCGCGUCGCCGAAAAAAAGCUCUGUCGACUUGGGAAAACUCUUCAGCUUCAACAAACCCAGCUUCGGUGAGAAGAGUAUCUACGAGAAGCCGAGUGACCUGGACGCCUCCAGCUCAGGAGUCAAGCGGACAGAACCUCUAUCUCCAGACACAUUUGAAGAGUCAUCGAGCAACGGUCUCGUAACAAUCCACAAGAAGAGAAAACUGAACACUUCCGUCGAUUCAGACUCCACGUCACCAGAUAUACCUUCCACUCCUGAGAAGACCACCGGCCGGCCACCUGAACCCGAAACUCCUAAACAUGUCCGACGGCUGUACAACCUCAUCACGUCCCUUCAAAUCCGGACAUCCAUGCUUGUUGAUUCCAGCGUUCCCACCAUCUACUACGGCGCGCGGACGCACAAGCAACUCCAGCAGGUCGUCAAGGAGUUCAAACGGACUUUCUACUGCGGGGAGGCGAAGAUGACCAUUCUGGCGAGUCGGGAGUACGCCUGUAUAAGAGAGUUCGACCGGCAACUUUGGAAGACGAAGAAUGAUAUGUGCAGGGGAUGUACUAAGACGCACACCGCACCUCCGGACGCGCCAACAAAAACGGCUACCAACUGCAAGCCCUUUGACAACCAGAAGGCCCUCCACCACGGCUCCCUCCCAGCUGCCUUCGACCUUGAAGAGCUGGUGGCCGUCGGGGAGUCGCUGGUAGCCUGUCCGUACUACGCGGCCCGCAGCAUGGCGGCCGCGGCGCAGAUCGUCUUCUGCCCGUACAACUACCUCAUAGAGCCCGGCAUUAGGAGCAACAUGCAAAUAGACGUGCGCGACCAGAUCAUAAUAAUCGACGAGGCACACAACAUCGAGGACAUCUGCCGCGACGCGGCCACACAAACAGUCACUAGGGACGAAAUACAGGCAGCGAUCAAGGAACUGGCUCAGGUAGCGAGUUACCGGUACGCGAACCAGGACGUCAUAAGUUACAUAGAUGUCCUACUAAAAACGUUGAAAUUCUGGGACGAUUGGUUCGCCAACCAGCUUCCUUUUUUAACCAACAAGCCGAUAAACAACAACGAGGCAGUUCAUACUUGGCAGGUCCAGCACUUUGUACAGACCCUCAACAACCAUAACAUCGGCAUGGAGCAUUUCAACGAGUUCAGCGAAAGCGCGGAAAUUUUCUGCCGACGGCUACGCGAGACCCCAGAGUCUCUCUAUGGAGUCACACAAGCCACGGGCACACUCAUUGACACCCUGCAAAUGGUGCUAGGGUUCCUGUUUCGCCAGGACGCCAAGUAUUUAGACGACUUCGUGCCGGCGCUGGUGAAGACCGGGGGCGGGGAUGAGCCGCGGUACUCGCAGUUCUCGCAACACACUCAAGACAAGGAAACACUGUCACUCCGUCUCCUAUGCAUGAAUCCAGCUGUGAUUUUCGAGGGUCUAAAAGAGGCAAAGUGCAUCAUACUGGCUUCAGGCACCCUCACCCCUCUCAUAAGUCUCCACUCCGAAUUGGCUACCGAGUUCCCACUGCAAGUCAGUCCCAAUCACGUCAUCCCGCCGGACAGAGUCUGGAUAGGCUCACUAUCAACGUGCCCUAAUGGCCGCCGCCUAGAGUGUAACAGUCGCGGCACGGACCAACCAGAUAUACAAGACGGCCUUGGCCAGGCCAUACUUUGGGUAACACAGGUGACACCUAGCGGCGUACUAUGUUUCCUUCCGUCCUACGCGCUUAUCAACAAGCUGGUAAAAAGAUGGCGAGAAACAGGGUUGUGGAUGCAACUGAGCCAAACGAAACGGGUCUUCGUGGAGUCCAGGAACGUUAGAGAUCACAACGAUAUCAUGGAGGAUUACUACAAGUACUCGGCGAGUGCGGAAGGCGCUCUGCUAUUCGCAGUGUACCGCGGCAAGGUGUCCGAGGGUAUGGACUUCAAGGACCACCAGGCUCGAGCCGUCAUCACGAUCGGUGUGCCGUACCCCAACACAUUCGACAUGGCAGUAAAGGAGAAGAUGAAGUACAACGACAAAUACGCCGCGCAAAGAAAGCUUCUGUCCAGCCGGGAAUGGCUCCGAGUUCAAGCGUACAGGGCGUUGAACCAGGCGGUGGGGCGCUGCGUGCGGCACCGCGGCGACUGGGGCGCCGUGCUGCUGCUGGACGCGCGCUUCCAGGCUCCGUACUACACCCACCACCUCUCCAAGUGGGUCAAGGGCUUUCUGGGCAACAACCACCACACGUACGAGAGCCUGGUCAACAGCGACCACAGCCUGGAGGAUUUCAUGCGAGGCAUGACGCUGCGGGAUGAGGAAGACUGAAACGCCCUUUGAACGGUGUAUUCCCAUUUGUCCCCGCCGGGCACAGACGGGAUAUAGGUGUUUUCAUUAACCCCUCUUUACAUGUUUUUUUUAUUUUUGCCCGAAAUUAAUAUUAUGUGUCACGUAAUUGUUUGCUGAUUCUGGGAAAAAUAGUAAAAAAAAUUAACAUCGAUUUAUAGUGCAAAAUCAGUGCUAGAAGUUGCAUAGGCUAAAUCAUAUUUAUGUAAAUAAAUAAUAUUCAGUAAGAUAUAUAUGAAAAAUCGUAUAAGACAAAUACAUAUCGUAUAAGAGAUAUAUAAGACAAAUACAAAACCCGAAAAAAAGGCCCAAAAUCACAUACUAAAAAUCAUUACCCUCUGGCUUUUUCCAGGUUUUCCGACAUUUCGUCUUAAAACAAAUGUAAUUUUUAUAAAUUCAAAUACUGCGUAAAUUUAUGUAAAAAAUCAGAAAAUGGAUUAGUGUUGAAAGUUGACAGUCUUAAAAAUAAAUAUCAAUCACCUCCGAAAGCACCUUUAUUUCAUAGGACAAUGUUAUGAUGGGAAUUUCCAUCACCAUGCAAAGAAGGGUUAAAUAUUACAAAUCAUUCCCUUUGAACGACACGCCCGUCUGCGACGCGUCAUCGUAAACCUUUUCGAAAACUGAGGUUUAGGAUAUUGGGCUGAAGCCGCGCGUGUCUGGGCAUUUUCACUUAACCGUGUACCAUUAACGGCCGGUUAGCAAUCGUUACAAAACUGACGGUCAAUGUCAAAUCCCAUACAUUUUGUCAGUAAUGUAACGGUUAGACGUUACUGAAACACGACUUAAGUCGCGCUUUAAAGUGCAAGUUAAAAUGAAAAUGUCCGUCUAAUGAUGUCUUUGGUGGUUAAAAAUAAUUUAAAAAGACAAGAAAUUCUAAAAUUGAAAACACUUUGCACACCAAUGAAGUCACCAUUGUGAAUUCAUUCAAUUAUACAGCUCGCUGUCCAUUUUUUCGCGCCUUUUUAGUGGCUGAAAUGGUGGGCCAGAUUAUAUACGAUAGUUACAAUCCUGUAAACCUUAAGUGCCAUCUUAAAACACCUACGGUCAAUGUGGCUAAUUCCGUCAUAGGGACUAUUCCGUCCACGAGCGUGUAUUUCUUUGAUUAUCAAUCGUAGGAAAAAACACCAUUUGUUUUUGAUUGCUGAAACUAAAAGCAAUCGCUGCUUUGUCGACGAAAUUAUCAAUGUUGUUCGUUGUUCGAGAAAAACGCUAAUGGACGGAAUAGACCCUAUGACGGAAUUAGCCACAUUGAAUUUACUUUAAAGUCACAAUAGUAAAAUAAGAGAACACGUAUUGCGGUAACGUUUGUGAAAAAUAAAGUUUCACAAGCGAUCUCAUACAAAAAGAAUGUGUUUUCACGCAAAUUUUCAAUGUAGACAAAUCUUUGUUUCAAAUCAAUUUUGUUUUUGAGUUGAAUGUUAGAGGAAAAAAUAAUGUCACCUCUCCUAAAGAAAA